UUGGCCUGGACAAGAGCGACAUCUUCUAUUGGUGUCUGUCCGACGGAAUUUUUUUACAGCAGUUCACUGCUGGUUUUUGAAGUAAAUUCCGGAGUAAUUUCGAACGUGCGAGCAUCGUGAGCACAUUAGCCGCGUGAAAUAGAUGGCGUGUGCGAGUACCGUGGCUAGUGUGGCUACAGGAAUAGCGGGAUCAGCGGGUGGAACAAUUCCCUUCGAGAACUCGAACACUAAAAUCGCACACGAAUAUGACAGAUCAGGACAGGAACCCGGAGUCGACCACGGGCACCACUGCGGAGCAAGCGGGCGCACGACGGAAAUUUAGACUUGGAAAUACAGGUGGAAAACUCGCAACGCUCCUUCGGCGAUGCGAGAGUAAUCGGUAUCAGGAGUACAAGAAGGAAGACCCGACGAGCAAUACUAGAUCGAUAGAGCAUAGAUUUAGAGGCUCAUCGAACAGCAAGCUGUCAUUCCUUGAUUUUGUAUGUAACGUCAAGAAGCACUUGCUACUGAAGAAUCUAUGUAAGUCAAAAAAAAAGAACAAAGAGACAGAGACAUCGAUCCCUUGCUCUAGUACAAAGCAUAACGUUAUAUCCGUUAUUAAGUCUUUUAAUUCUUGUGAAAAACGAGACCAUCAUUCAAAUGGCGAACAGGCCUCAUCAGACAGGCUUUUGUAUGAAACCAGAUUAGGUGACAUACUUGAAAAUUCCUGCCACAUUGAAGAAAAUAUAGCUAAUAGCAUGCAAUAUGGUAUAACUGACACAAAUCGUCAUACAGUUCCUAUAAGACAGCAAAAUAAACUGAUAAGCAACAUUACAACUGUCAACAAAGCAACAGUAUCACAGCCUACUUAUUCUGAUGCAACAGUGGCAGUUCUUAAUGUAAUAGCAGAUGUUCCUGGCAGUAUGAACGAAACAUUAAAUAAUGAACAUAAAGUUAAAGCGAGUCUCGCAAAGGAAUUGCUUAAUCUAAGCAAAUAUGGAUGGUAUUGGGGACCCAUAUCGGGAGACGAGGCUGAUGCCAAACUUAUAUCUGAGCCAGAUGGUGCAUUUCUGGUUCGGGAUUCGUCAGAUGAUAGGUAUGUCCUAACACUCAGCUUUAAAUCAUCUGGAAAGAUGCUGCAUGCACGAAUGGAACACAGUGGUGGCCUAUUUUCUCUGUGCAAUCAAAGCACUGAGAACGAAGGCUUCACUUCAGUGGCUGCUUUAAUAAAUCACUCCAUGAACUUCAGCCAGUCAGCAGUAAUUUGUUAUUCAAGGCCAAAAUAUCCAGGAUAUCCGUCGUUUCCAGUCAGAUUAACGAAACCAGUGAGCAGAUUCACGCAAGUAAGGAGUCUGCAAUAUCUUUGUCGUUUUGUCAUUCGCCAGUAUAUUAGAUUAGAUAAUAUACACAAGUUGCCUUUGCCAAAAACUAUCAAGGGAUAUAUUCAAGAAGCGCAUUAUUAAAAUUUUUUUA